AUGAAAAGUUGGGAAGCGUUGAGUGAAGCGAUGCUGGAGAGCGGCGGUUACGCCAAUACUAACGCGUGUUAUACAGCGCUCAGCGUUGAGAUCAUCCACAUAUCGGACGCACCGCUCGGCUGUCGGGACACAAGCGAUAAUGCGAUCAACAAAUGGCGGUUAGAGAAGGGAAAGACUCUGCAGACGACUCUUCGCGGCCUGAGGGGCGUCACGGCUGUGGACAUGGAGCUCAUGGCGUUGGGCAACACGUCGGACAAGAUCUACUACGAGGACGAAGGCGUGUCCCGAUUCACGGCCCACACGACGCUCGAGAAGACGACGGGUCCGGCCGUCAAGAAACUGAUUGCCAGCAUUUGCGCCGAACGGGAGCUCAAGAAUACGUGGUUCUCCUUCACGGAAGACACGUAUAAAAUGCUGCCAAACACCGCCCUCUGUAUGGAUUCGGUGGACAAUAUGUGCGGCGAUUCCUAUAACUUAAAGUCGUUCAAAAUGGGAACUCUUAUCGAUUUGACGCAAUUCAUCAAACACUACGACAGCAGUGAUCGGAAUUUCUUCAACAGCAAAGUACACGUCGCCAGAGACGACAUGACCGCCGAGUUUCUCCAUCAGCGCCGGAAUGUGAACGUGAAGUUUCGGGUGACGAGCGGUGGACACAAUAAGAAGUGCUUUCAUAACAUUCGCUACAAGUUUGAGAUCGACUACUCGUCCAUUGAAUCGAUGGUUGUGUCCACUGAAAUGGAUUCAAUCAAACUCCACAUUAAUGUCAAUCACCCGCCGAUUCUGUUUUGCGUGGAGAAUGAUCUCAAACACAACGACUCGUCGCCACAGAAGCAAAACAAAUACCCGAAACUGUCGUUAAGAGAAGAAUACGAUUCGUAUGUUGGCGUCCAUACCGACGAGAUGUCUUCGGCGGUCAAUUGGAUUCGUGACAAUGAGUUGCGCGGACUAUCGGCGCAAAUGAUUGGCAAAUGCAAUGUCUUUGUCAUUGAGAUCCCAAUCAACAAAAAAGCCAAAGAAUUCACACCAAACCAGAAAUGUAUUGACAUUAAGGAUCCGUUUUCAGUGAUUGAUUCAAUGAAACGUUUGGUUCCGAUUCCCGUGUAUUUCGCGCACAUUAGUGAACACAAUAGCGUCAAUAACCGCGAAAUCAAUUACCUCUUGGAUCCGAUUAAUAUGAAACUGCCAUUCGCUGUGAGAUAUGCUUUUGAAUCAAUCUUUUCGCACACAUUCCAGGGAUCAGAUGAGCUGUUCUUCAAAUUCGAAACCAUUAAUUUCAUGGAAAAGUGCGAACAAUACUCACAAACCGACCAAAAGGCUACCGAAGAGACACUGUUUCAGAUAUCAGCCAUCAUUGAAAGCAGAUCUAUAUUUCGUAUUUCGAUAGCUUUGGAUAAGAUAUUUGAUAAACUGAAGAGAAAGCACGACAUUUAUAGAGAUAGAGUUGACAUGAAAUCAUUUAACACUGAGAUUCAAGAGAUCCGUCGGUGUAUUCUAACGCCGACCCGACUUCUGCUGCUUCCGCCGCAACCCAUACUAAAGAGCCGUUUUAUAGUGAACUCAGAGCCCGACUACAACUUAAGGCUAACCAUACGUGAAGACAAUCUGAAGGCAUUGAGUUAUACCGUCCAAAGAAGUGGUUCACAGGAGAGUCAAAUCAAUUUUGUCAAACGAAUCGUUAAAACACCGCUUAUGAAUGGCAUCACAAUUGGCGACCGAGUGUUUGAAUUUCUGGGCAGUUCUUCGAGUCAACUGCGAGACAAUGGCAUGAUUUUGUACGCGAAGGACAACUCCGGCCGAACAGCGCAUACAUUUCGCGAAUCAGUGGGAGAUAUGAGUAAAAUUCGCAAAAAUGUGCCCAAAUAUGUGGCCCGACUCGGACUCGUCUUCUCACAGGCCAUGACUCACAUAAGUAUUGACUCACAGACGCAAAUCGAUUACUUCGCCGACAUUGAGGGCCCCUUCAAACCAGACUUCAGAAACCCUCAAAUCCUGACGAAAGAGCGGUACGUCUUCUCGGAUGGCAUCGGAAUGGUGUCCGAAGCGAUCGCUGAGAAAGUGUACAAACAAUUACCAAACGAUUGUAUUCAGAGGCCAUCGGCGAUGCAGAUCAGGUUUGGCGGCUGUAAGGGAAUGCUUGUCGUGAACCCCAAACUCAAAGAGCAACGCAUUAUCUUCAGAGAGAGUAUGAAAAAGUAUGAAUCGGACGACAGAUCGUUGGGUAUUCUUAAGCUAUCGGCGCCGCGACCCGUAUAUCUGAACCGACCUCUUAUCUCAUUACUGGAACAGUUGUUAGUCAAUCCCAAUGUGUUUCUUAAGAUGUUGGACGAGACACUCAAAAGUUUAGCCAAUUCUCUAGAGUGCAACGCCUCUGCGAUGGCUCUCCUCCAGAAUGAAAGCAGUCUUUCGUUGCCGUACGAGAAGCUGUUGGCCAAUGGAAUCUCAUUUCUAACGGAACCCAUAUUUAGGCAAAUACUCGACUGUUUAAUACCCCAUCGAAUCAGAGAAUUGAAAUCAAAGGCAAGAAUUAAAGUACCGAUGAAUAGGGGAAGGAUUGCGUUCGGAGUUCUCGACGAAACGGGUUCUCUAGAAUACGGCCAGAUAUACGCCAAACUGUCACACGUGGACAAAGACGGCAUUCCGUGCGGUAAUUACUUUGAACUCGAAGGACAAGUGAUGGUAACGAAGUUCCCGUGUCUACAUCCCGGCGAUGUCCGCAAACUCACUGCUGUCAACAUUCCCGCCUUGAGUCACAUCAGAGACUGUCUGGUAUUCCCGGCGAAGGGCGCGCGUCCGCACUCGGAUGAAAUGGCCGGAAGUGAUUUGGAUGGCGACGAAUACGCCAUAUUCUGGAACUCAGACCUGAUUUUUAAAGGCGAAAACAUAGCGGCCAUGCAUUUCCCGACCGGCAAAUCGCAAGAACUCGACCACAAGGCAGAGGUCGAAGACAUUCUCGACUUUUAUUGCGAAUAUCUCUUGAGUAAUAACGUGGGACUCAUAGCGAACGCCUAUUUAGCGAACGCUGACCUACAAGAGAAGGGCAUUUUCUCUCCCGUUUGUAUGAGUUUAGCUAUCAAAUAUUGUGUUGCAUUGGAUUUCGCAAAGACUGGAAUCGUUGAACCAAUCGAUAGGAAAGAGAAACCAAAACUAUAUCCAGAUUUUAUGGAGAAAGUGAUUGAGAAGAAGACCUAUCUUUCGAAGAGAGUAUUGGGACGCAUGUAUCGAAUGUGUUGUGAAUUUGAAAAUAGCAUUCAAAGCAAAAUUAUACACGAGAUUAACUACCAACCAAAUCCUAAACUUAUCUUACCUGGUUGGCACAAAUACGAAGGAUUGGCGACCAAUGCAUUCGGUUUAUACAGAGAGAAAAUAACAUAUCUAUUAAACCGGUGCGGAGUGGCCAAUGAGGCGGUGCUCCUGAGCGGUGCGUUCACCAAAACCAACCGCUAUAUGAGUGGCCGAACGGAGAUGAAUGACAUUCACGAAUUGCUUGAAUCACUCGUCGCUCAUGUAUUCAUCCAUUUUAGACAACGAUUCCGAACAGAAUCUGCAGAUGACUCGCCCGAAGACAAGAGACUGAGAGCGAGCGCGUGGUAUAUGGUUACCUAUCGGCUCAACCAAUUUGAAACUAACAAAUUCUUUGGCUUUCCCUUCACUAUAAGCGACGAAUUGUGCAAAAUUGUCGAAACUUCUGGCCAUCAAAACACGACAACUCAUCCAUCCGGUUGGGUUAAGUCGAGUCGCAAACAAAAGCCUGUAUUUCUUCACGUAAACGACGGAUCCAUUCAUAAACACAUUCAAGUGGUCAUCGAUGAAGAUGUGGUCCAAACAUCCGUCAAAGAGCUAUACAACGGGUGUUGUGUGCGAUGUGUGGGACGUCUGGUGUCGAGUCCGGGACCCAAACAACCGGUGGAACUGUUGUGCGAAUCCAUUGAUAUAAUGGGUUCUUGCGAUCCAAACACGUAUCCAAUUGUGGACAAAAGCAAAGACUAUAAAUUGUCUUAUUUUCGUCCUUACCUUCACUUAAGACAACGACAGCCAAUGUUUCAAUCGUUGGCCAGAAUUAAAAGCGAGACAAUGAAUGCCAUUCAUAUGUAUGGCAAACACAACGACUUCACGAACGUUACGACACCUCUUCUCACGUCCAACGACUGCGAAGGCGGAGGACAUGUCUUCAAUGUUCGGGUAAUGAUUGGAUCACUUCUUGGUGAUGAGAUGGGGUCUCAAUCGCCCUUUUGUGGUGAAGACAAUCUAUACUUUGAUAGACCGACGUAUUUGUCGGUCUCGAGUCAACUCCAUUUGGAGGCAAUGGCUCGUUCGUUGAGUCGUGUCUACACAUUAAGUCAAUGCUUUAGAGCCGAACAAUCACUUUCCAGAAGACAUUUGUCUGAAUUCUUGAUGUUUGAAUCGGAAGAAGCAUUUGUGGAAUCAGUCGAUGAAGUUAUGGAUAGAGUGGAGACUAUUUGCAAAUUCAUUGCAUAUUAUAUAAGCAAUAACUGCAGAGAAGACUUAAAACUUAUCCACAAAGAGACGAAUUAUAAAUAUUUUGAUAAAAUUGCAAAUAAACGCUACGUUAGAAUGACAUACAAUGAAGCGAUACAAGAGUUGAGGAAAACUAAAAAAUAUGCGGAUUUGAAAAGUGGACAAAACCUGAACGCAGAACAGGAAAGACUUUUAGUAGAUUCUAUGGAUAACUGUCCCGUAUUUGUCACUCAUUUUCCCGCAAAUGUGCGACCAUUUUAUAUGAAACAAUCCAAUGGAGAGGCAUUAUGUUUUGAUUUAUUGGCUCCGAUUUCUGGUGAGAUCUGCGGAGGAAGUGUUCGCGAAGAUUCUCUCACAGAACUCGAGCGUCGCAUAAAUGAACUCAAUUUAAGCGAAAGUCUUGACUGGUAUUUAGAUUUAAGACGUUUUGGGAACACAAUUACCGGCGGAUAUGGCAUAGGGUUUGAUCGGCUCAUCCAAACAAUGACUGGUAUUCCUAACAUAAGAGAUGUGACCGCUUUUCCUCGAUAUUUACACAGUUGUCUACUUUGA